AUGUCAAGUACAGACGAGGCUUUGUCGGAAAAGCAGCCUUUGCUGAGUCCUCAGGAACCUAUUACUGCUGCUCCAGCAGAAGUUGCUUCUACCACAGAUUCAACUACCCCAGAAAACCAUGCCGUUCGCCCGACUGUAACAACCCCAGCCCAAUAUACCAGAAAGAAACCGUCCAUUGACAAGCAAACAAGCAUCUAUACAUGGAGUUAUGACUUGGUUGUGUGGAUGUUCCUUAAGGUCUUUGAGCUGUUUUUCCGCGAAAUCAGAUCUCGCGGUGCAUUCCGUGUCCCCAAAGAUGGCCCAGUGAUUUUCGUGGCCGCACCUCACGCAAACCAGUUCAUCGACCCAAUGCUCGUCAUGCAACAAGUUAAACGCGAAGCCGAUCGUAGAGUUUCUUUUCUUAUUGCAGAAGCUUCUCUUAAAAGAAAGUUUAUUGGUCUCAUGGCUAGAAUGACCCUGUCGAUUGGUGUUGUAAGAGCACAGGACAAUCUCAAAUCAGCAACUGGAGAAAUUACCAUCAACUUUGAAGAAAACCCACUCAAGGUCAUUGGCAAAGGAACAAAGUUUACUAAAGAAGCGUGUGUUCGCGGUCUUGUUGGUCUGCCACGAUCUCUUGGUAAUGCUGAAAUUGCUGAAAUCGUUAGUGAUACCGAAAUUAUUCUGAGAAAAGAGUUCAAAAGCACCAAGGGCAAGGCUUUGCUUGCUGAAGGAACCUCAUUCAAGUUGGCCCCUCACGUUGAUCAGUCUAAGGUUUACCAUCGCGUUUUCAGCCAUCUUAAUGAAGGCGGAUGUAUUGGUAUUUUCCCUGAAGGUGGCUCUCAUGAUCGCUCAGACUUGCUUCCUCUCAAGGCUGGUGUAGCCAUUAUGGCCCUUGGCGCUUUGGCUGAGCAUCCUGAUUGCAAUGUCAAGAUUGUUGCUGUUGGCAUGAAUUACUUCCAUCCUCACAAGUUUAGAUCCCGUGCUGUGCUUGAAUUUGGCCAUCCGAUUGAUAUCCCUCCUGAACUUGUCGAAGAAUAUCGUGCUGGUGGUGAAACCAAACGUGAGGCUGUCAAGGCCGUUCUUGACUUGGUCACUGACGGUCUCCGCGCUGUUACUGUCAGAUGCUCUGAUUGGGACACCCUUAUGACGAUCCAGGCUGCCAGACGUCUUUACAGCGGUGCCCAUAAGAUCCCCCUGCCUCUUGUCAUUGAACUAAAUCGCAGACUCUUAGAGGGAUACAACAAGUACAAAAAUGAGCCUGUCAUUAUCGACCUCCGGAAAAAUGUCACUUCUUACAACCGCGCUUUGAGUGAUAUGGGCAUAAAAGACCACCAGGUUGAAACUGCUAAUAUGAACAAAUUUACUGUUUUCGGCAAACUUAUUUACAGAACAUUUAAGCUCAUCCUCUUGUUGCUGCUCGCUCUCCCAGGUACCAUUCUCUUCUCGCCCAUUUUCAUUGCCACUCGUUUAAUUUCAAGAAAGAAGGCGGCACAGGCUCUCAAGGCCUCUACAGUCAAGAUCCAGGCUAAUGAUGUCAUUGCGACCUGGAAAGUUUUGGUUGCUAUGGGCUUAGCCCCUCUUCUUUACCUGAUCUACUCGUUGCUUGCCACAUACCUUGAGUACAAAUACCAGUUCUUGCCCGCCAUUCGACCACUCUACAUUAUCACCAUUCUCAUGUACUUUUUGUUUCAAACUAUCACAUAUGCGGCUCUUCUUAUUGGAGAAACUGGCAUGGAUAUUUUCAAAUCGCUCAGACCCUUAGCACUUGCUUUGUCACCCAGAUAUGCUGAUACACUGUCCAAGCUGCGAGAACAACGCCAGAACCUUGUGCUUCAAGUCACUGAGGUUGUCAACUCUCUUGGUCCCGAGUUGUACCCUGAUUUUAAAGACAUUAACAAGCUUGCCAAUCUGUCUCAUGAAGAUGACGAUGAUGAGUUUGAACACAAGUCACAUCACACUCGCUCAAAACGCAGCGAAUCUGUCAGCUCUUCUGGCUCACAUGCGCUUUCCAGAGUGACGUCGGAGUCCUCACUCGCAAAUAUGCCGUUGUUUGGCAAUGCUGACGACGAAACAUCCUCAUCAACUGGUGUUUCACGUAUUAAUAGCGGUGCACACUCGAGAUCGGAAUCUCGCGAUGGAGCUAAGUCUUAUGGCCACACUUCUGCCACUGAAAGAGGUGCAUUUGAGAGCGAAGUGAGCCAACGUAUUCGUGACGCCAUGGAGGAACGUGCGCGCCAACGUGGUACUGAUUACGAAGAUUAG